GUUGCCUCUUCCUACUUUGGAGCCGCAGGAAUUUUGAAACUCCACACUUAGUUCGGUGGUAUAUAAAUACAGCUCCGCGCGACGAAUUUUACCCUUUUUCGCCUCAUUUAAUUUCCGAACCACAGUUGGGAAAACCACACCUCAUCACAUCUUACGUCAACGUCGAUAUUCAUGCGAUUCCGGCAGGCCACAGCUAUAAUCUAGGGUUUCUUAUCCAUCACAAAAAACCGUUCUUACGAAUGUUAUGGCGGUAAUUUCCCCGGAGAAGUUAGCCGGUCUCAUCAACUCGGCGAAGUUCGACGGCGACAUUACUUCGAAGCUCAAUUAUUUGCGCUCGCUUAGCCACCAACUAUACGAUGCCGAUUCUGCUUUGCUCUCUGAUUUUCUCCCACCUCUACUCGAACUCCUUUCCGACCGCUUCGGUCCCGUCCGCAAAUUCACCGCCGAGAUGAUUGGCGGUAUUGGAUUGAAGUACACAGAGUAUGUACCUGAAAUAGUACCUGUUUUAAUACCUGCCUUGAAAGAUGAUACCCCAGCCGUUGCUCGCCAGGCUAUUAGGUGCGGGACGGAGAUCUUCCGUGCUACUUUAGUAAAAGUAGCACUCGAGGGCCUGUAUUCUAACAAUUUGGAUGCCACUCUGGAGUCAUCAUGGGCAUGGAUGCUAAAGUUUAGAGAUGAAAUAAAAUCACUGGCUUUUCAGGUGAGUGAUUUUUUAAUAGCCAGAAGUCUGUCUACAUUGCCAAUUGUGCAGAGGCUAAUUUACUCAAAUACCACUAUUAGGCAGGAAGUGAUGGGAGAAGGUUUCUGGCGAUAAAGUUUAUGGAAAUUGUUGUUCUCCUAUAUACACCCAAUCCUUAUGGGUCUUCAGAUCCAUCCUCUGAUCAAAUCUCUGAAGGAAAGGUGGAAGAUUUUAACAUUUCCUGGCUUCGUGGUGGUCACCCUAUCUUAAAUGUUGGGGAUCUGUCCAUUGAAGCUACUCAGAGUUUGGGCCUGUUGCUUGAUCAAUUAAGAUUCCCAACUGUAAAGUCGCACAGUAACUUGAUGAUCAUUCUGCUUAUCAAUAGUCUUUCAGCAAUUGCGAGUAAAAGGCCUGCAUUCUAUGGCCGUAUUCUGCCAGUUUUACUUGGUUUGGAGCCUUCCAGCUCUAGAGGCAAAGGGGUUCAUCAUGCUUUGAAGACUGCCUUUCUUUCUUGCUUGAAUUGUGCUCACCCUGGUGCUGCUCCGUGGCGUGAUCGCUUAAUUGGUGCACUAAAAGAUUUGGAAGGAGGGGCUAAAAAUGUGGUCUCUCCUGCAGCUUUUCAGAGUAAUGGAAGUUUAGAGGAGGAAAAUGAUAUUAUGAUAUCUCAGGAUGUAAAGCCUACAGCCAUGGAACUUGAUCUUGUCCGUAACAAUACAAGCCGUAAAAGAUUGGGAGUUCAAGAUAAUUCUGAAAUUCUUGACGAUGAGAUGUCUGGAAAGCGUGCAAAAUCUACACCCCCUGUCACUAAGGAAGUGAAAAAGGAGUUAGCUGGUAAUGAAACCAGAGUUCCGCCCAGUGAACUGGGGGCUUCCAAAGUUAAAGUUGAAAAAGAUAAUGGCCCUGUUCAACAACUCGUGUCAAUGUUCGGUGCAUUGGUUGCUCAGGGAGAAAAAGCUGUUGCCUCUUUGGAGAUUCUGAUAUCUAGUAUAUCAGCCGAUCUUCUUGCUGAAGUUGUAAUAGCCAAUAUGCAAAACCUCCCUUCAGUUUGCCCUCCAGCUGAAGCAGAUGAAGCAUCAAGUUCGGACAAAGAGUCUCAUACUCGCCUGAUAGGAAGCAAUUCUGAGCUUGCUAAUUUAGGAUCAUUGUUAGCAAGCAUUCUUUCACAAUCCAGUGCUUCUCCUGUGAAAGAUACUCCCAUGGAUUCUCUGCCUUCUGCACAAAAUGUUUCAGAGCCGUUGGAAAGCUUGAAUGUGCAUGGCUUUACUGAUGCAAGUGAAGACGCUCCUUUAACCCCCACAGUUUCUUCCCAUGAGCAUGUGAAGAUGGAGAAUAUUGUAUCAGGAACUGCCUCGGAUGUGAUUGAUGUUGGCAAUUUAAAAAGUGGGAUACCCGGUCUAGAUGUACCUGUCCACCAUGACACCAUGAUCAUCACUUCAAUGGGUUCAGCUGAACUGCAAGAUGCUAGUCAAGAUCAAGUUAGUAGUCUGGCUAGGUCAUCCUUAGAUGUAUUUCCUUCAGCAUCAACUGAUAAAUCUGAGGAACUUAGUCCUGGAGCAACAGUCGCAGAUACGUGCGGCAUUAUCUCCUCAACAGCAACUUCUGCUGGAUUUCCGAAGCAGCUGCCUUUGCCCAAGAUUUCGGCCCCUGUUUUAACUCUUACCAAUGAACAGAGUGACAUCUUACAAAAGGCAGCUUUUGUACGUAUAACUGAUGCAUACAGGCAGAUUGCAAUAGCUGGAGCUUCUCAAGCAUGUCUUUCUGUUCUUGCAUUUCUUGGGGUUAAGUUUCCGUUGGAUCUAGACUCAUGGAAGAUUCUGCAAACUCACAUAUUAUCUGACUAUGAAAAUCAUGAGGGGCACGAGUUGACUUUACGCGUCCUCUACAGGUUGUAUGGUGAAGCAGAACAAGAUCAUGACUUUGUUUCUUCAACAACUGCCACAUCUGUAUACGAGACAUUUCUUCUAGCAGUGGCAGAAACACUAAGAAGUUCUUUUCCUGCUUCUGACAAAUCCUUAAAUAAAUUGCUGUGCGAAGUUCCUUAUCUGCCAAAGUCAAUUUUCGUUUUGCUUGAGGAAAUGUGUUGUACUGGUUCUGGCAAUAAAGAUGAUAAACUCAAUGCCGAGCGGGUCCGUCAAGGACUUGGUAUCAUUUGGAGUCUGAUUUCUUCGAGACCACCUUUCCGAGAUGCCUGCCUUGAGAUUGCGUUGAAGAGUGCAACCCAUCUGUUCGAGGAAGUGCGUGAUAAGGCCUUACGUCUGGUGGUAAACAGGCUUUAUCCUCUACCAUCAAUUUCUCAGCAAAUUGAAAAUUUUGCAAGGGAAAUGUUGGUAUCAGCUGCAAAAUCCAUUCCCUUAGUAGAAAAAAAUGAAUUUUCUGAUGGUGCUAGCGCUGUGCCACAGGAGGAACCUAUUAUGGAAAAAUCCUCCAGCGAACUUCCCUCCAUUAACGCCUCUUCAAAAGAACAAUCAGCUGACAAUUAUCAGCUUUUGGUACCUCAAAGCACUCCAGCUUCCUUAUUGGCUGAAGGUCAGCGUCGUAUGGAUUUGUAUUUUGCACUUUGUACAAAGAAUCACUCCCUCUUUCGCCAAGUGUUUGUUAUAUAUGAAACAAUACCAGAAGCAUUGAAGCAGGCAGUUAUUCACCGAAUUCCAAAGCUUGUUCCUGCUAUUGGUCAAUCCUCCGAGCUUCUAUCCAUCAUAUCUGAUCCACCAGCUGGAAGCGAAGAGCUUGUCGUUCAGGUUUUGCGUACGUUGAUAGGCAUAACAACACCUUCACCAGAAUUGUUAUCCAUUGCUAGGAGGUUGUACGAUACACAAGUGAAGGAUGUCGAAAUUCUGAUUCUCAUACUGCCAUUUCUGCCAAAAGACCAGGUGCUGGCGAUAUUUCCACAUCUUGUGAGUGCACCAUCAGAGAAGUUUCACGUUGCUCUUUCUCGAAUCCUGCAGGGAUCAAUUGGUUCCAGUGAGUCUCUAACUCCAGCUGAAGUGUUGAUUGCAAUUCAUGGGAUUGAUCCAGAAAGAGAUGGAAUACCUUUGAAGAAGGUCACGGAUGCAUGCAAUGCUUGCUUUGAGCAGCAACAAAUAUUCACCCACCAAGUUCUUGCUAAGGUUUUGAACCAGUUGGUUGAGCAAAUUCCUAUUCCCCUACUAUUUAUGCGCACAGUGUUGCAGGCUAUUGGUGCUUUUCCAUCACUGGUGGAUUUUGUUAUGGAAAUUCUCUCUCGCCUUGUAAACAAACAGAUAUGGAGAUAUCCAAAGCAGUGGGUGGGAUUUGUGCGAUGUGCUCUUUUGACAAAGCCAAAGUCAUUUGGUGUUUUGCUCCAGCUACCUCCCGCACAACUGGAGAACGCGUUGAAUAGAACGCCAGCUCUGAGGGAACCGUUGAUCGCACAUGCUUCUCAAUCUCACAUUAAAUCAUCACUUCCAAGGUCUGUGUUGGCGGUUCUAGGCCUAGCUUCAGAUGCCCAAAGCUCAGCCCUGCCUAAACCAACCAAUCCUCAGCCUGGAGAAAAGAGCGAGUUAGAACCUUCUCAAUCUAGCCAUGUUCAGAGUGGAGAUACAAGUAAGUCUGAUAAGGAGGUGGUAGAUGAAAAGUCCAAGGAAUCAUCUGAUGCCAGUUGAUGUCAAUGAGAUCAGCAGUUCUCUGUUUGUGCAGUAAGUCUUGACUUUUUGAGAUGUUAUUUGCCUCCAGUUACCUUUGUUUUACAUUGUGAUAUGGCCGUUUAUUUGUGUGGCAUUGUGAAAACAUAAUAGAUUUAUGCUUUGUUGCGGAGGAUAUUAAAAAAAUCCUUUUCUUUGCAUUUAUUUUCAGUUGAUAUACACUUGCUUUUCACUUGUCUAACUUUGGUCAUUUGACAUACGAAGACAGAACAUCACGCUUCAAUUUAAUGGUGCUUCUUACAGCAUAAUAUUUUAUAUUUCCCCUUCCCUUUUCCUUUUUGACGGAGUAGACGGUAGUCUCAUAGUUUUCUCAUUCUUUUUUUUUUUUCCCAUUAACAAAUUGUUGUGCCUCUUUUCUCGUAGAUAGAUUGCUCUUGCUCUAAGAUUUGAACUCCUUACCAAAUACAUGCAAAGUGCCUCGUAAAAAAGCACAGCAUUUGUGGCGCACAAAAGGCAUUCAAACGCAGGCCCAAGUAACUUGGAGGGGAACUUAUGUUGACGGUUUUUCAUAAAGGCUAAAAAGGCAGGAGAAAGAUUCACCCAAACGCUUGCUCAUGGAGCAUCGCUUAACUGGAGUUGAUCAAAAUUAAUCACAAAGCAGCGCCGGUUCCUUUAUUGACCACAUUUGUUCAAACACAUUUUCUUCAGGCUCCAGUGGAGAAUGAGCUUCCAUUGAUGUUUAUCUUUGUCACUGAUUCAGGCACUCUGGUAUGUCCAAUCAGAAACUUUUCGCAGUUGGAAAUCGCCCUACCGAGGAAGUUUGUGUUUGUUUUACAGAUUGUUUUUAGCUUUGCACUGUUGGAUUAGACCAUUGCACAUACAAGUUUUUACUAGAGAGGCUCUGCUAUAUGUAAGAAAAGUAAAAAGAAAAAAAGAACUGACUGCUAAUAAACAUUAAACACUAUAACCACAGGUAAUUGCCAUCUAAUCUAAUGUAAUAGUACAACAAAUAUUGGCGAGCUCUCAAAUUGCAGGUUAGUUUUCCGCAUGAAGCAAGAUUUUCUCUCGCAUAAAUUAGGAUGCUUUCUGCUCAUUUUAGUUUGGUUAUCAAACUUUUAAAUUUGCUGUACUUUCCAACUAAAAAUGCACUUUUCGGUCAGUACUCCGAAUUUGAUCGAGCUGGCUUUCCUUGUAUGCCUAGUAGUCCAGCUGUCCAGGAAAAGCACAAAAGUAAUUGCUACGAAAAAUGGGCCUCUAAACGAUCCCAUUGGACCAAAUAUUUAACUUCAAUGGGUCCAAAUAAUUGUCAGAUUCCGGUGGCGGAAUCGACGGAAAUGGGAGGAUCCCGACGAAUUGGAGGUGGAAGAGGCGACGGUUGGGAUUCGUCAAACCAGAUUUGGGAGAAACUCCACAAAUAUUCUGAAAAUCAAUUCCAGAUACCAAAUUUUCCAUAAUGUUUUUACAACCCGGAUCGACUAUUUAUAGUCCCGGUAUUUACAGAAACUCCCACCAGGUCCCUAUACUAAAGAACUCGGACAAUUCAGUCCAGUUCGUGACAAUAAAGUGCAAGCCCCGUGUUGGUAUUCAAAUGGGCCUCAAAAGCGUAAUGCAGACUAGAGUAUUUUUUUCGGCCAUCUGGAAAGGGGGCAGCUUCCACUGGAAAGGGGGAAAAUCUGAACAUCCGUCCUACAACGUGACUUUCCUUUUUCUAUUUUAUGUUGUUUUUUUGUUUUCCUGGUUGGGAAAUGGUUUUUAUGUUAGUGAAGUACACAACAGGGGUGUAAUAGAAAACUCUUUUCUUCCUUUUUUUUUUUGUUUGGUGAGUGAAAAAUUUGUAUAGAGGGCAAAAAGCACUAAUGUAAAAGUAACAUGAUUUCGUAGCCGUAGGUAUUUUAUACAGUAGUACACACAUUUUGCUCGACGCCUGAAAAAACAAAUGAAAUGUUUAAUAAUGAAUUUCGAC